ACGGUUUAAAAAUUAAAUUUAAUCGGAAAAAUUUUUUCGAAUAAAGCACAAAAAAAUUAGAAAAUCCUUUCACAAAUAAAGCUCGUAUAUUUUAAAAUAAAUUUGUAUUGUGUGACCCACAUAAAAUGUCUAUAAGCUUUACAAUUAAUUCUAAACCUUAUACAAUUGAACUCAAGGAUUAUCCAGUUGAUAUUACAUUAAAUGAAUUUAUUCGUCAACAUGCUGGUUUAACCGGAACUAAAUUUAUGUGUUUGGAAGCUGGUUGUGGUGCUUGUAUUUGUGUACUUAAAGGACCACAUCCAGCUACUCGAAAUAUUCGUACAUAUGCUACAAAUUCUUGUUUAACAUUAUUAAAUACAAUUGAUGGAUUAGAUGUUAUAACAAUUGAAGGUAUUGGUAAUCGAAAUAUUGGUUAUCAUCCAAUACAAGAAAGAUUAGCCCAAACAAAUGGUACACAAUGUGGUUAUUGUUCACCAGCUAUGGUAAUGAAUAUGUACGGUUUAAUUGAAUCAAUUGGUAAUGAUAAUAUAACAAUGGAAAUGAUUGAAAAUUCAUUUGGUGGUAAUAUAUGCCGUUGUACCGGUUAUAGAACAAUAUUAGAUGCAAUGAAAUCAUUUGCUAAAGAUUAUGAUUUAUGUAAAAAUAAUAUUGAUAUUGAAGAUUCAUAUAAAAUAAAAAAUAUAUGUUCAAAAACUGGUUUACAAUGUACUCAAAAUGGAAAAUGUUAUAAACGAAAUGAAAUGAAAUUUAUUGAAUAUGAUCGGGCUAAUGAUGAUGCUAAAUGGUAUUUAGCAAAAAAUUAUGAUGAUAUAUUUAAAGCUUUCGAUGAUAUAACAAAUAAUGAAAAAUAUAUGUUAGUUGCUGGUAAUACUGGACAUGGUGUUUAUAGAAGGCCAGAUGAUAUAAAAAUAUUUAUUGAUUUAAAUAAAAUAAUGGAUUUGCAUUCAAGUGAAAUUAAAGAAAAUGAAAUACGUUUGGGUGCUUGUGUUAAUUUAACAGAAGCUAUGGAUAUUUUUAAUAAAGCAUCUAAACAAAAAAAUUUUGAAUAUUGUAGUGUAUUAUGGAAACAUUUUGAUAUUAUUGCAAAUGUUCCUGUACGAAAUAUGGGAACAUUAGGUGGAAAUUUAAUGAUGAAAAAUGCUAACAAUGAAUUUCCAUCAGAUAUUUUUUUAACAUUUGAAGCACUAAAUGCUCAAGUAAUUAUUUUAGAAGAUCCAGUAAAAACUCAAACUAUGAGUGUACUAGAUUUUAUUAAAACUGAUAUGAGAAAGAAAAUAUUAAAAGAACUUGUAUUACCCGGAUAUUCAGCUAAUGAGUUCUCAUUUAAUUCAUAUAAAGUAGAAAUAAUGCCGAGAGCACAAAAUGCUCAUGCUUAUGUAAAUGGAAGUUUUCUUAUACAAUAUGAUAAUAAACCACCGGCAACUAAUAAAAUAGUGAAAUCAGCUCGAAUUUGUUUUGGUGGGAUAACUGAAAAUUUUGUACAUGCAAAAAAUACAGAAGAAUUUUUAAAUGGAAAAGAUUUAUCUGAUGCAAAAGUGAUUAAAGAAACAAUGAAAAUUCUUAAAAAUGAACUUAAACCUGAUUGGAUUUUACCAGAUGCAUCCCCAGAAUAUCGUCAAUUAUUAGCUUGUGGAUUAUUUUAUAAAUGUAUUUUAUCAAAUGUACCUACUGCAAAAAUGAAUCCUUUAUAUAAAACAGGUUCUGAAAUAUUGCAUAGACCAUUAUCAAGUGGUAAACAAACUUAUGAAACAAUAGAAAAAAAUUAUCCCUUAACAAAAGCAAUUCCAAAAAUUGAAGCUUUAGUACAAUGUGCUGGAGAAGCAUUCUAUAUGAAUGAUUUACCAUUAAGAAAAGAUGAAUUAUAUUGUGCUUUUGUAUUUGCAACAAAAGCAGAUUCAAAAGUAGUUGGUAUUGAUGCUAGCGAUGCUCUUAAACUUGAUGGCGUUGAAGCAUUUUAUUCAGCAAAAGAUAUACCAGGUGUAAAUAAUUUUAUAGAUUCAGAAACGAUGCCAUUUUUAUUCCCUGAUGCUGAAGAAAUAUUUUGUUCAUCGGUUGUUGCAUAUUUUAGUCAACCAGUUGGUGUUAUAGCUGCUAGUAGCACUAAAUUAGCUGAAAAAGCAGCUAAAUUAGUUAAGGUUAUAUACGAAAAAGUUAGCAAUAAAAAAGUUUUACCAACAAUGAAGGAUGUUUUUAAAAAUGCAGCAAAUGAGCGAAUUGUUGAUUGCCUUUCAAUAGGUGAAGAGACUUCAUUAUCUGGUACAGAUUUUAAUAAGAACAAAAAAAUAACUGGAUAUUUAGAUAUUGAUAGUCAAUAUCAUUAUACAAUGGAACCGCAAACAACUGUAUGUAUUCCAAUUGAAGAUGGUAUGGAAGUAUAUUGUGCUAGUCAAUGGAUGGAUCUUACACAAGUUGUAAUCGCAAAAGCUUUAAAUGUUCAACAAAAUUCAAUUAAAAUGCAGGUGCGUCGAGUUGGUGGCGGUUAUGGUGCAAAAAUAUCUAGAAGUUGUCAAGUUGCAGCAGCUUGUGCUUUAGUUGCACAUAAAUUAAAUCGUCCAACAAGAUUUAUACAAACAAUUGAAUCUAUGAUGAGUUGUAUGGGAAAACGUUAUUCAUGUCAUUCUGAUUAUGAAGUUGAAUUCAAUGAUGCCGGUAAAAUAUUGGCUUUAAAGAAUAUAUUUUAUGAAGAUGGCGGAUGCACAGCUAAUGAAAAUCCAAUACCUAUUUUAUCGAUAGCAUGCACUAAAAACUGUUAUCAAGUUGAUAAAAAUUGGAAAAUUGAUGGUAAAGUUGUUAAAACAGAUGCUCCAAGUACAACAUGGUGUAGAGGUCCGGGUGCUAUUGAAGGAAUUGCAAUGAUUGAAACUAUAAUUGAACAUAUUGCUUUUGAAACUAAUAAAGAUCCAGUUGAUGUACGUUUAGAAAAUUUAACAAAAACGGAAAAAAUGGCCAAAUUAUUACCAGAAUUUCUUAAAUCUACCGAAUAUAAGCAGCGUAAAAAUGAUAUUGAAAAAUUCAAUAAGGAGAAUAGAUGGAGAAAGAAAGGUCUUGGAAUUGCUAUAAUGAAAUAUCCAAUAGAAUAUUUUGGAAAUAUUAAUGCUACUGUUUCCGUUUUUCAUUCUGAUGGAACUGUAGCAAUUAGUCAUGGAUGCAUUGAAAUGGGACAAGGUGUAAAUACAAAAGUUGUUCAAGUAGCUGCCUUUACUUUGGGUAUUCCAAUUGAAAAAAUCAAAAUAGAACCGAGUUCUACAUUUACAUCGCCAAAUAAUGUGGUUACAGGUGGUGGUGUUGGUAGUGAAAGCGCUUGUCUAGCAACACAAAGAGCUUGUGAAACAAUUUUAGAACGAUUAAAACCAAUUAAAGAUACAAUGAAAAAUAGUACUUGGGAAGAAUUAAUUCAUGCCGCCCAAUUAAAAAAUAUUGAUUUAACUGCUUCAGGUAUUUUUAAGCCAGGAGAUUUAAAAGAUUAUGAUGUUUGGGGAAUAUCAUUAUCAGAAGUUGAAAUUGAUAUUUUAACUGGAAAUGUUUUAGUAAAUCGUGUUGAUAUUUUAGAAGAUACAGGUGAAAGUUUAAGUCCAUUAAUUGAUAUAGGACAAAUUGAGGGUGCUUUUAUAAUGGGUUUAGGUUAUUGGUUAACUGAAUUAUUAGUUGUUAAUAGAGAAACCGGAGAAUUAUUAACAACACGAACAUGGAAUUAUAAACCACCGGGUGUUAAAGAUAUUCCAGUAGAUUUUCGUAUAAAUUUAGUACAAAAAUCACCAAAUCCAGCUGGAUUUUUGCGAUCAAAAACAACUGGUGAACCAGCUAUUGCUUUAUCUGUUUCAAUAGUAUUUGCAAUUCGACAUGCUUUAGAUUCAGCUCGUAAAGAUGCUGGUAUUGAAAAGAAAUGGUAUCAUCUUGGUGCACCAACUACACCUGAAAUAAUUAUGUUAAAUGCUGGUACUUCUACUGAAAUGUUUGAAUUAUAAAUUUAUCGAUUUUUAAUAUUAAUUAUAGUUGUUAUAUUUUAUGUUUUAUAUAAAUAAUAAAAUAUUCAUUUUAAUUUCAUUUUUUAA